AUGACGGAUAUUCAGCACCAUCCCUUGUUCGACUGGGCUGGCGAGGCCUUCACUGCUAUGCAGCACCCCAGCAUCAACCAGCUUCAGGACAAGUGGGCGGCGGCCUUGAGCAAUCCGUCCUCUGGCUCAAACUCGCAGGCCUUUGCCAUUCCGCCAUCUCUUCUUACCAAUGGCAGCAUGGAGCGAUUUGGCCAAGUCACCCCGCCUGAAGAGUUGUCGCCACAACACCCUGUCCGCAACGACCGCGAAGCCUCGAUCCCCGUUGACCAGCUCCGAAAUGAGACAUCACCCUGGUCCAAGCAAACCGCCUCUCCGCGCCAAGUGGCGGCGGCGCCUGAGGAGCCUUCCCCGAAGCGACAGCGCACUAGCCGCACCUCAACCAAUCAGAGUUCCCUAUCAAGUGUUGCCCUUUCACUACAAGAAGACAACGCUGACACCAACCCUCAGCCACCCAAGCGCAAGCGGGGUAGGCCCAAGUCGCAGCCUCAGAUGGUUCAAGCAUACACCGCUGACGGUUAUCCCUUCCAAGUCUCAUCCGCCCGCCAGACUCACCUCGAGAAGAACCGCGUCGCCGCCCACAAGUGCAGGCAGCGAAAGAAGGAGUACAUCAACAGCCUUGAAGACCGCGCUCGCGAGUUCUCGUCCAAGAACAAGAUGCUCAAGGAGAAUGUUGCCGUCUUGCGUGAGGAAGUCCUCAGCCUCAAGAACGAAGUGCUGCUCCACGCCGGCUGUGGCUUCUGGGCCGUUGACGAAUACCUGGCUCGUUGUGCGGGAAAUCUUCUUGGCAUGGAAGCUCCUCCACCGGGCAUGCGUAACGCGUCAUCGUCGCGCAACAACAGUAUCAACCACAACACCCAAUUCAACAACACCCAGCAGACACGCGAGCCUAGCAUGGGUUCCCUGAGCUCUGCAGAUGGCGACGACUUUGGAGGUCUAGAGCUUCUCAAGGACUUCACUGACGAAGACAUGGACGACUUGGAGGCAUAG